UUCAAAUUUUCGGAGUGUCUGUCCUCGUGCAAAGUUCUAUAUAGUUUUUCGAAUCCGUCGGAAUGGGGCGGGCCAAAUUCAGAUACCCGGUCCCGCCGGUAACGGGGCGGGUACGGGGUAUGGUACGUGAGCUCGGGGUCGGGGAGGACCGUAGGACGGUAGGAGGUAUGCCCUUGCCCUUGCCCGCCCGUUGUCAUUCCGACAAGUUGCAAAUAUAAAAUGACAAUGUUAAGUUGUUGACCGGUAAACUGUUCAGUAAAGGAUGCCAUUGACUUUGACUGAUCGGCAUCUUUGCUAUCUGUUCGAAGUGAGGCUGAGGCAUCCGAAGGUCCCGAACCAGCUUCGUCGUCGCGACUUGGAGAACUUCGCUGUGCAACCUAUCGUUGCACAAUACUCUGCAGGUCAGGUUUUGGAGGUUUUCCAAUAUCUGAAUUUGGAAUAACAAAAAGGUGUAGACUAUGUUACGUGGUGAAGAAAUAUAUCUAGUACUGGAACAAUUAACAGAUGAGACCACUGAAACAGUUACACUUAAAGGGAUGGAAGGAAUAGGGAAAACAUGGAUGGCACAAUGUAUAAUGAGAUAUGCAGAGAAGGAGAACCUUUUUGACAUCAUUAUUUGGAUUAACGUGGGUGGAAGUUGUGGUGGAUUAAGGUUGAUAGAGAAGAUUGCAGAGAAUUUGUCAUUAACAUCCAUAAGCAGAGAAGAUGAAGACAACAGUGUGGAAAAUUUGGCACAAAAGAUCGCUAAAUCACUUGAGGGAAAGAGGUAUUUGCUGAUUUUGGAUGAUAUAGACUGGCCUGUUCAUAAUCUCUUUGAUCAAUUGGGAAUCCCAUACCCAGAUCACCAAAAUGGAUCGAAGAUUUUGGUCACUACAACUUGCUCUAAUGAUGAUUCAGGAGUUCUCUUUGAUGGAUUGACAUAUGCUGACCAAAAAAAUGGUUCCAAUGGAAUUGGCAUACCUGUUCAUACCCCAAAAAAUGAUGGAAAUGUGGUUAAUUGGACACACCAUUUGCAGCCCCUGUCCUUUAAUGAUACAUUGUGCUUGUUCCAUGAAAAGAACAUUGACAGCAACAAAGCUGAGAAUUAUGUGCAAUUAUGCAAGUGUGUACCUUUGGCAAUUGUCGUUAUAUCAAGAAUCCUGAGAGGUCUAAAAGGCACAUUGACAUUGAAUGAUGCAUUUCUUACAGGAAGCAGCAUUUCCUACUCACAAUUAUUUGAAUUGGGUUACCAGAUGCUGCCAAGUGAUUUUGUAAAAGACUGCUUCUUGUAUUAUGCAAUGCUCAUUCCUGAGGGCUAUUUUAUACGUUCUGAUGUGUUGGUAACAUACUGGAUAAUGGAAGGUCUUCUUGAUAGAUUUGAUCGGUUGGAGGAAGCUUACAAAGAAGGACAUAAUGCACUCAAGGUGCUUGUAGAUUCUGGCAUGGUUCAAAGAAGGGAUGAUAAUGAUGAUCAUGUCAGCAUGCAUCGCAUUGCAAGAAAAGUAGCUCUAUGUAUCAUCAAGAGAGAACAUGGUGCAGUCAUGGGUAGAAUUGGUCUGGAUUUAACUGAGCCACUGCAAGAUGUCACGUGGAAAGAUUUUGAGAAAUUUGUAUUACUGGACAGUGGUCGAGAAUUUCCCAAGAUCUCCUCUUUGCUUCUGAAAGGAUACAGUAAUCAUCUUGUAAGGGGAAACCCAGAUGUAUUCUUCCAGGAAAAGCAAGGCCUUCGUUUUCUAGCCCUCUUCCACAUGCAAACUAAAUCUCUUCCAUCUUCCCUUUCCAGCUUGCAGCAAAUUCGUGUGCUUAAAUUGAGAGAAUGUGAUUCUCUUCAGGAUGUGAAUCAUAUCCAAGGGCUCCAAGCAUUAGUGGUACUUGACCUUUCAGGUGCGAAGGCCUUGAUGGAAAUCCAGGAUGAUUUCUUUGGCAACAUGAAUUACAUCAAAGUGCUUGAUCUUUCUGAAACCAAGCUUAAACGGUUACCACAAUCCCUCUCCAAUCUCACUGACCUCCGUCGGCUUUUUCUAAGGGGGUGUUCAUGCUUAGAAACAUUUCCAAAUCUUGAACCACUUGGAAAAUUAGAGGUGCUUGACCUUUCGGGUGCUAGGAAUUUAAAUGAAGUUGGGGAUGACACCACUUUUAAGCAUGUGAGGCACCUUCAAAUACUCAACCUCUCUGGAACUGCAAUUCAACAGCUACCAUCUCUCUCCCAGCUUUGUCAGCUUCAGCAACUAAUUUUGACAGGUUGUUCAAACUUGUCAAUACUUCCCUAUAUGCAGGUUCUUACAGCGCUCAAGGUACUUAAUCUUUCGGGUGCUACUACUCUGAGCAGUGUCCAAUCUCUCAACUGUUUGCAAAACCUUGAGAUACUAGACCUUUCUAAAACCCUGGUUGAAUGUCUACCAUUGCUUCCUAGCAUGCUUCGUCAGCUCAUCCUAAGAGAUUGUUCAAAACUCAGAUUAUUUCCAAAUCUUGAAUCACUUGGAAAAUUAGAGGUGCUUGACCUUUCGGGGGCUAGAAAUUUAAAUGAAGUUGGGGAUGACACCAUUUUUAAGCAUGUGAGUCACCUUCAAAUACUCAACCUUUCCGGAACUGCAAUUCAACAGCUACCAUCUCUUUCCCAGCUUGGUUGGCUUCAGAAACUCAUUUUGACAGGUUGUUCAAGCUUGUCAAUACUUCCCGACAUGCAGGAUCUUACAGCAAUCAAGGUACUUAAUCUUUCGGGUGCUACUACUCUGAGAAGUGUCCAAUCUCUUGACUGUUUGCAAAACCUUGAGAUACUAGACCUCUCUUGCACCCUAGUUGAAUGUCUACCAUUGCUUCCUAGCAUCCUUCGUCAGCUCAUCCUAAGAAAAUGUUCAAACCUCAGAUCAUUUUUAAAUCUUGAACCGCUUACAAAAUUAGAGGUACUUGACCUUUCAGGUGCUAGAUAUUUAAAUGAAGUUGGGGAUGGCACCACUUUUAAUCAUGCGAGGCACCUUCAAAUUGCAACUUUGCCAUCUUUUUCCAACCCUGGGAUCCUCAGAAAGCUGUUAUUACAUAAUUGUUCACUGGCAACUUUUCCAAAUCUAAAAGAAUUUACCAAACUUGAUCACCUUGAUCUUUCAAAUAAUAGUGGUAUAGAGAAAAUAGAAGAGGAACUCUUCAAUUAUUUGCAACAACUUCAAAUACUCAACCUUUCUGGCACAUCAGUUCAAAGCAUACCAGACAUUUCCAAACUUACCAACCUUGAGAUGCUUGAUCUUUCAGGCACCAAGAUUACAAAAUUCCCUUAUCAAAUCUCAGGAUUAACUUGUCUAAAGAGACUCAAUCUAUCAGACUUGAACCUAGAUGAUGCUUGGAGAGAGAGUAGUGUACGGUUACCUGAAGAGGUAAAAUGGGAUGAAAGCAUCUUACCAACUGGAACUCCUUGCAUAUCUGUAAACAAUGUUUACUCUUUGCAGUUUUUAAACAGAAGAGCAGAAGGCCUCCAACAAUUUGAUUUAUCUGUUUGUGCUAGCAAAGAACAAAAUGGAUAUAAAGAUCAAGAUUUCCGAAGAAGCAAUUUUCGCAACAUCUACUACAAGAACAGAGGUUCUCAUUGUCCUCCAAACCGAAUACUAGAACUCAUUGGAAUUCAUGGUUUUUGCAGUGUCCUAGAGAAGAUCCAGGAGAUCCUUAAUGUCACAGAACAUUUAUCUCUAAAGAACAGUACCUUCAUCACACGUUUAUCAGAUUUGGGUUCUGAGAACAUCCAGUCAAUUAAGGAAUGUUGGAUAGAGAGAUGCCAUAGAAUGGAUUGUGUUGUUGGUAGAGAAGAUGAUGCUGCUGGUUUUGGAAGCUUGCAGAAACUAUGGGUCUGUAAUGUUGCUAACUUAAGGAGCAUAAGCAGAGGAAAUGUACAGCCAUGGAAGUUCAAAUGCUUGAAACAUUUGCACGUAGACUGCUGUCCAAGUCUUGUUACUCUCUUCUCAUCAGCGUUGCAGUUACAGAAUCUUGAAUUGCUCCAAAUUAAGUUCUGUGAUAAAUUGGAAUAUAUAUUUGGAGAAACAGUUUCUUAUGAAUACGGACUUCCAAGUUUGAAACAUUUGCAUGUAGACUGCUGUCCAAGUCUUGUCACUCUCUUCUCAUCUGCAUUGCAUUUACAGAAUCUUGAAUCGCUUCAAAUUAAGUUCUGUGAUAAAUUGGAAUAUAUAUUCAGAGAAACAGUUUCUGGUGAACGUGGACUUCCAAGUUUAUGUAAACUGCGUCUUUGGGAGCUACCACUAUUGAAGAGCAUCUGUGAUGGAGUUUUGCCAUCUCUACUUAUCCUUGAAGUAAGAGGAUGUCCAAAGCUGAAGAAACCCACUCCCGGAAGAUAAGGCCUGCUAUUGCUCUAAGAGCCUUUGUUCCUUCUUAAAUCCAAAUGCAGAAGUCCUCAGUCAUGUGAGGUGAUUGUCUCUACCACAGGUUUCAUUUGCAUUGAGAUGAUCUUUGCAUGGUUUAUCAAUUCUAACCUUCCAAUACCAUGAACAACAAAGAAAACAAAAUCCCAGAUUUUCUCAAAGGACCUUAACCUUCUCUGACUAUAGUGUGCUAUCACUAAUCUACGUUUUAACUUCUCUUACAUCUCUUUUCAAUGUAGAACCACUGAACCGUAUGGCAGUCGGUAUGGCAAGCUGUCCAUAAUUAGUGUGAUGUCUUUGCCACAUGUGAUUUGUAUGGCAUCUAUGUUUUCGUA